UCCUUUUAUAAACAGGUUGAAAGGAUUGUUGACAAAAGGAAAAAUAAAAAAGGGAAGACAGAGUAUUUGGUUCGAUGGAAAGGCUAUGACAGCGAAGAUGACACUUGGGAGCCGGAGCAGCACCUCGUCAACUGUGAGGAAUACAUCCACGAUUUCAACAGACGCCACACGGAGAAGCAGAAAGAGAGCACAUUGACCAGAACAAACAGGACCUCUCCCAACAAUGCUAGGAAACAAAUCUCCAGAUCCACCAACAGCAACUUUUCUAAGACCUCUUCUAAGGCACUCGUGAUUGGGAAAGACCAUGAAUCCAAAAACAGCCAGCUGUUUGCUGCCAGCCAGAAGUUCAGGAAGAACACAGCUCCAUCUCUCUCCAGCCGGAAGAACAUGGACCUAGCAAAGUCGGGUAUCAAGAUCCUCGUGCCUAAGAGCCCCAUUAAGAGCAGGACCGCAGUGGACGGCUUUCAGAGCGAGAGCCCCGAGAAACUGGACCCCGUCGAGCAGGGUCAGGAGGACACAGUGGCACCUGAAGUGGCAGCGGAAAAGCCGGUCGGAGCUUUAUUGGGCCCUGGUGCUGAACGGGCCAGGAUGGGGAGCAGGCCCCGGAUACACCCGCUAGUGCCUCAGGUGCCCGGCCCGGUGACUGCAGCCAUGGCCACAGGCUUAGCCGUUAAUGGGAAAGGUACAUCGCCGUUCAUGGAUGCAUUAACAGCCAAUGGGACAACCAACAUACAGACAUCUGUUACAGGAGUGACCACCAGCAAAAGGAAAUUUAUUGACGACAGAAGAGACCAGCCUUUUGACAAGCGAUUGCGUUUCAGCGUGAGGCAAACAGAAAGUGCCUACAGAUACAGAGAUAUUGUGGUCAGGAAGCAGGAUGGCUUCACCCACAUCUUGUUAUCCACAAAGUCCUCAGAGAAUAACUCACUAAAUCCAGAGGUAAUGAGAGAAGUCCAGAGUGCUCUGAGCACGGCCGCUGCCGAUGACAGCAAGCUUGUACUGCUCAGCGCCGUUGGCAGCGUCUUCUGUUGUGGACUUGACUUUAUUUAUUUUAUACGACGUUUGACAGAUGACAGGAAAAGAGAAAGCACUAAAAUGGCAGAAGCUAUCAGAAACUUCGUGAAUACUUUCAUUCAAUUUAAGAAGCCCAUUAUUGUAGCAGUCAAUGGCCCGGCCAUUGGGCUAGGAGCGUCUAUAUUGCCUCUUUGUGAUGUGGUUUGGGCUAACGAAAAGGCUUGGUUUCAAACACCCUAUACUACCUUCGGACAGAGUCCAGAUGGCUGUUCUACCGUUAUGUUUCCCAAGAUAAUGGGAGGAGCAUCUGUGAGUACCUUUAAAAAAAAAAUCAUUCUAGAAAGCUUCCUGAAGAAAUCUACUUUGGUUAUUGUUUUUCUAAAGCUGUACAGUGUGUCAUUCUGUGGGGACUUUGCAUCUUGUCAUUCAGAUGUGGGGUCAUAGACGUUGUUGACACUGCCUUUGCAUCAUUCCCUAGAGAAAGUCUUCAUUCACUGAGGAGCCUACCACUUUGCAUAAUUCUCACUGAUAUCUACUGUUAGUCAAUAUCCAGUCUGUAACCCAACCAACAAUUUGCAAUCGAAAUUAAUUCUUCACCAAAUAACUUAAAAGCUGCACUUUUAAGAGAAGGCAAUUUUAAGAGGGAGCAAAGUUACAUAGGAUUAGAGGGUUGUUUUCCAUAUAAUUGUGUGCUUUUAUUUCCCGUUCAUUAUAAUAGUUUGUGUCUGUAUUGUAGCUUGUGAUUUAUCAAGCAGUUAUUCACAUCUCAUUCCCUAGUCCUUGAUAUAGGGCAGGAGGUGAUGUCACAGGUCAGGUUCUCCAGAAGCUGCCACUGAGAUGAGUUUGGCACAUGGAGAAUUAGCAAGUAGUCACUACCUAUAGAAGGGAUGGGGGAGGAAGCAGGACUGGACAGAGGAAUGGAUCAGAGUGAUACUGUGUCCAUUGUCCUUGGACAUGGGAUGCACGGGAAGCGUUGUGCCCCGAACGAGGUGGCUCCCUGCAGCCGAGGGCAUCCCUGAAGGCACCCUAUGGCUGUCCGCUAACAGCAGCACCUGCAGCCAGGCAGCCAGGCCUCCCCAGGAGGGAUCAUGGCAGCCCAGUUCCAUGUCCACCACAGUUCACCCCAGUGCCAUUCAGAUCCACCCCUUCAUGCACAUUUUGGGGGUCAGCUCCUUCAGGUUCCAGGGCACUUUCUUUCUGGGAGAAACUUUGAGGAAGAGGGUUAGGCAGCAAUAAUUUGCAGGCCAGAACCUGAAAUGUUAUCAUCAGUGGGUGAAAGCGUGGUGAGAAAAAGGAUGUUUGCAUCCUCUCAUUAUCUGUAGUGGGAAAGACAGUAACUUUACAGUGGAGAAACCUGGCAGGUACCACCUUGCUGAGUGAUCAGAGUUCACAGAAAUAAGACAGAAGCCAACAGGAGACACUGAGGGGAACGCAGCCUUCAUCACUGUGUGGGAUUCCUGCCGAAGUGCAGCAGCUCAGGCUCAUCAGGAGGAACGUCAGGCCCAGACUGGAGGGCAGUCUGCAGACACGCACAGCACUCCUCCCGAGCGCCGAGGUCGGAGAAGACGUGGGAAGACUGAGGAACCGUCUCAGACUGGAGGAGGCCAAGGGGAUAUGACAGCUCAGAACAUCAGGGACCCUGGGUGGGCUCCUGGACCAAAGAAAGGACAAGAGUGGGAAAGCUGGUGAAAUUCAUACUGUGUUUGUUGCUGACUGAAUAGCACAUUGUCAGCGGCUUCAGUCAUCCUAAGAUGUUAUGUGACAUUUAACCUAGGGAGAGUUGUGUGAAGGUAUAUGAGAACGCUGUACUACUUUAGUCGUUGUUCUGUGCAUCUAAAUGUAUUCGAAAACCAGAACAUUUAAAAUAAAGGAACGCAAGAGAGGAGCAGGAAGGUGGAUAGGCCAGACUGCAGCCCCCAGUGCCGCACUGGUCUCUGAGUGGCCCUGCUCCUCACCGUCUCACUCCUCAGGCUAGAUCCCCUCACCCAUGGUUCCCACCUCUGUUCAGUGGCCGCCCUCAUACUGAUACUCACCCCCGAGAGCUCUUUGGCCUGCUCGCUGUGCCCAGCUCAGAGUCGCUGCACUUGUCCACUUAACUGCUCUAGUUGAUCGGGGAGGACCAAGCAGGACUUGCCUCCACCCCGUUUCCCAGGCCACGUGUCCUUCCAUAUAAAGGUCUUUGUACUGUAUAUGCUACAAAUCAGAAGAUGCUGCCCACCAUCAUGGAGCCACCUCCAAACUGGUACCUCUCAGGCCGUGCCAAUGCCUGAGCAGGCUGGCAGCUGCUGCAGAUGCUGUAUGUGACUCAGCCACAGGACUCUAGGGGGCUAGUGUUAGUCUAACCUUGAUCCACUUUUCCUCCUACACCAGGGGGUGACCGUGUGUGUCUGCCAUUGGGGGCAUUUUCCUCACCAUGUUCUCUUCCCAGCCCUGCUGGAUGAGGCUCUGGUGAACUUGCUGUCCCCUUUUUGGAUUGCCCACCUACCCAGUGAGCCGACCCCCACACAGGCCACACUCAGUCAUGGGGAGCCCCCCCCCCAUAGCUGUAGGUGUGAGCUGAGGCAGGCACGGGUACAGCAGAGCCGUCAAUGCAGAGGUCUGGUGGUGACGCAGGGGUGUAGGCUGCCUGCCUGUGCCCUCUGGGGCUUGCCAGGCCCAGCUGCGUGUCCACCACGGUCCCUGCCUGACCUUGCGCCUAUGGGGCUGAUGGAACUCAGCUCGUGGUGGUCACUUCCCACAUGUGGUCACGUGGGGUCCCGCGGUCAGGCGCUCUGCCUCUCCCAGGCCCAGUCAGCAUUCCAGGCCUAUGCUUCCCUGCUGUGGAUGGUCCCGCAGGCUGCGCUGCCCUCCUCCCUCUGGCACUGACCACAGGCCCCAUAUGCAUAUUGUCCCACCCCUCCCUAGCCAGCCCUGGCCUUUCAACCUCACUCAGCAGGGCCCCCACCUCCCUCAGGCUUCCAGGAGCCAACCCAGCAGCCAGGUCACACCUUUCCUGGGAACCUUCCAGGGGUAGGUAAAUCAUUAUCCCAGGAGAGCUCCCAAGUCAGUGAACCCUCCUAUCCAACUUGUGGUCGGGCCCCGGGGUAGGCACCCUGAGAAUCCAGGCCCUCGUAUCUUCUCACAGCUCCCACCUGCACCCCUGGCUAGGUCUUGAAACCCCUUUCAGGGAAGAGGCAAGUUACAGGCCUGAUGCCAGGAAAAGGGUUAGGGCAGGUUUUGGGGGGCAGUGUUGACUUGCUGAGAGGUAUUUGCCUUAUCUUCUAGCAAGGGGGAUCUAAUAGGGAUGGGUGGACCAUGUCUCUAGGUUCAGGGGGUCAGAGGAAGCUGGAGUUAGGGGCAUUUACCCAGAAGCACCCAUACCAAGUUAUAGGGUGCCUCCCCACCCCUCACAAGCUGACCUUCCUCUGGUGGCUGAUUUACGGGUGGAGCUGGACCACGCUUGCUGACAAGUCCAGGGGCCAAGGCUGAGUCUCAACCCUCUCUGCUGCUUGCUACCAGCUGCCCCUCUGCUUUCACCCUCACCUGCAAGAGCGUUAGCACGUGGCUGGCCCCCUGUGCCAGGUGCUGCGGCUUUUCCACCUGACCUAUUGGUGGGGGCAUCCUCGUUGCCAGCUGGAGAGCCAUGCAGUUUCAAAAUCCUUCUCCUCACCCUCAUGUCCACUUCCCCCAUCACAAGGUAGUUUCUCUGGAAGCUGAGGUGGAUUUGGGAAGCAGGGUUUGGUAGAUUAGGUGCCAACAUCCAUGGAAGGGCAGAGAGGGAGCAGGACUGGGCAGAGCUAACUGGCAGGGAGCUCUGGAACCACGUGGCCUCGCAGCGGUUGCAGGUACCCCCAUGCAGCUGACCGUGGGGCAGGCGGCCCUGGGAAGAGCGGUCCAUGGGGAGGAACUGAGGGGCUUCCCAUUGCCUGCUGGCAGCAUUUCCCACAGCAGGCAGCUCGCUGGGCUGGGAACGCGGGUGGUUUAUCCACGUUGUUUGCUUUGUCCUUUACACCAGGCUGCACAUUCCCGACACCACCGGAUGGACUCCCAUGGUAAAAAGUGAUUGUUAGUGAAAUAAGUUCAUCGUGGCAAUUACUGUAAGCUAGACUGUGUCCUGCCACUUACCCUGUCCUGGCAGGAAAGAAUCCUCAUUCUCCAGGACAUCUUGUGAAGCUCAUUUUGAGUUACUUUUCUAGAGGAGAUUGAGAUCUGGGGUUCUGACCUCUCCCACCGUAUGAUCUGUGUCGAUGCGUGGUGUCGGUGCAGAUGUGGGGCAAAUAUUCAACCAACUUGAUGUUCAGGCACAUUUUGGCCAAAGGCAUUUUAGAAGUGGAGCUCUGGGGCUGAAUGCUGCUGGGGAGGGGAGUAGAGGUCUCAGAGUUCACCAUGCCCAGAAAGGUCCAUGGGGCUUGAAGUCAUCAUUUCAUAACGAAUUCCAGCUCUCCGGCCAGUGGCGUUUCUCCCACUCUACAAGUCUUGACAGAUCUUUACUUUUUGCUUCCCCUGCAAAUGUACUGGUGCCUCUUGAGCUGCUGUUUUCAGCUGGGGCAAUUUCCACCCAUCCCCACAUCCCCCCUGGGGGACACAUCAGAGGGGCAAUGUCUGGAGACAGUUGGAUGUCACAUAUGAGGAGAUGGCCAUUAGCAGAGGCCAGGGUGCUGCUCAGCACUCUGCAUAGCACACAGGACAGCCCUGCUCAGCACCCUCUGUAGCACACGGAACAGCCCCCACGCCAAAGAGCAGUCCAGCCCAGAAUGUCCCUAGUGCCCUGGGGGAGAAACGCUGCUUUGACCCAAGAGCAAAGAGCCCGCAUUUCACUCAGUGUGAAUUCUACACUUUCUGAGCAGAGUAUUUGAUGAAGCCUCUCUACAGAAAGUGAAUAAAUGCUGUUCAGGUGACUUGUGUUAUGACAACUCUGGUUGAAAGUAACUAUGCAAAUGAUGUAAAUGAUGUCGAUCCUUUCAUGAGCCUUUGGUGUAUUUGAGCUUUCAGCAGCCUGAGGCAAGACUGGGACAAGUGUGGUUUUCCCCCACUUUGCAUAUGCAGAGCUCUGCCAGGAGGAUAAGCUAAAGGGAUCACGUCAUCAGGAUAAAAAGAACAUGCAAAUGACACCGGCCGUGUGGCCUCUCGUUUCCUUCAAUGCGGGCUACGUAAAAAUCAGCCGAGGAGUCUCUUCCACUUUAGCCCUCCUAGUGCCCAAUAGACUUUCAUGGAGUGCGCAGAGGAUGGUGCCAUCUGACACCCACAGGCUCCCACGUGGAAGUCUUAGAGCUGUCAGGAGAGGGCCUGCUGGGGUGUAAAGCUGGAGAAUGCCCUGCAGGUGCCUCAGGGCCUCACCCCAAGCUCACCCUUGAGAGCCGCCUCUUGGGGACUUCAGAGACUGGCCUGAGGAAGUAGGUGGUACCCUGUGCCACAGCUGUCCCCAUAAGGCUGGAGACCCCCGGAUCCACUCUGCUCAUACUGGACCCGUUUCCUCACCGCCCCUCCUGCUGUACUCUGACCAGACAGAUGCCUGCAAAGAUGUCUCUGUUUCACUUUCCUCCGGCAUUUCUCAUUUCUCUGGAUGGUUACGUGAUAACCUUUUUUAAUAGUUGGACAACUUUGACCCCACCAUGGGGUGAUGUAGGUUGUCUACAGGGAGUCCCUGUGCACUCGGCCAUCUCAGAACGUGUUGGUUGGUCAGGUUCCCACUGACCGCAUCUGUGUGAAUCUUAUUUGGGUAGAAGUCUGACACCUCUCAUUUUAAAACUACUGAAAAUAGUGUAUAUAAGAAUGUGCUCACAUAAACUGAGUAUAUUUAAUCCUAUAAGGGAGGAUUUUUUUUUUUUUUUUUUAGUUUUUUUGGGUGACUAUUGUUCAGACCAGCUCACUGGCCGUGUUUAAGUAAGCAAGCAUUAACAACCUAGAGUCAGCCCUGUCAUUUUUGCUCUUGAGUAAAUUGGGAAAUGCCCUUGGUUGUCCUGUACUUUCAGCCACCUGGAAUGAAGAACACCAAAGGUAGGGAAAGGAUCUCCAGGGAUGAGCAGGCGUGGAGCCAGCAGGGAUAGGGAGAAAGACUGACCGCGAGUGAGUGCUGAGCAGAGAGAAGGGUCGUUCUUGGCUGGCAUCAGGACCAAGAGAGUCAAGAAGGGGGGAUGAAAGAGAGAGACAGGAGAGAACAGUGGUGGGGCUGUAAAUUGACCUCCACGUGGCAGAAAAUAAAGUUGGAAGAAUUGACUGGUGCAGACAGCCAGGGCCCUGCAGCAGGGGCUGGAGAGUAAACUGAGGACCCCUCCACUUUGUGAUUCAGCCAAGCGUCAGGCUUGGUGGGGUCACUUGCCUCUGCUGCCUGAGCUAAGGCUCUGCUAAGCUGGUCCUGAGAACAUACUUCAUGCUUAACUUCAGGGAUUUGGCUCUAGUGUCCUCACUCUAUGCUGAGAAUGAAAGAAACAUGGUCUAGGAAAGGAAAACCCCACAGCACGGAGCACCUCCUGCGGCGGCGGCAGCACACCUGGAGCCCCGCUCCCCUUCCUGCUGCAUUUGGGUCUGCUGUUAGAAGAGCCAUUGCAACUGCCAACAGUCAGGUCACGUUUCUUCUUUGUUUAUGGACCAUCUUUUCACUGAGAAGAAGCUAUUCCGUUCAGGGAUUUCAUAGAGCUUCUCCAGACUCUUCAAACACUCGUGAUUGGGUCCAAGUUGUAGCUCCAAUGGCAGACUCCAAUUUGGGAGAUCAUUAAGAACCUUGCAAACCCUUGUGAGAAGCCUGUCCCUGGUCUUGUUUUCCAGCCUCUGCCUUUGUGGGAGGGGCGGUGAGACAGCCACGUGUUUGUUUUGCUGGUUCUGCCUGUAUGCACUCCAAGCCAUGUGUUUCACAUACAGUAAAUGGCAUCAAGACAUUGGCAAGAAGCGUAUGGGCGUCUUACAGUGUCUUAGUGACAUCAGAGCCUUUUCUCUUCCGUGAUAUUGCCUCUUUGGGAAAUGGAAGCCACCUACCAAAAUUGUGUUUUACCAGAGCCGCAGGAGCUCAUGGUCAAGGCUUUGUGACCGUCAGAGUUGUUAGGAAGGUUAACCAGACAAGAUAAAUGACAGACCGGACAUUGUCCCAUCAGGCCAGUGUGGAGUUUCUUCAUCAAACAUGCAUGCACCUCUCCCUGCCUUAUCUCGGCAUCUGCGAGCCUAUCGUUUGGAUGAUGUAAAAUCCAUACAUGUUGUGAUGAGACCUUAAAGGUGAUCUAGUUAAGUCUCAUGUAUUAAAAAAUAAAAAGUGAUCUAGAAUCCAGGACAAGGUUAAAAUUAAUUUCAUAUCUACACAUUUUUUUUUUUUAAAGAAUAACUAACGUUAGCUUUCUCCAUUGAGCCGUGUGAGGUAACUAUCGCCAGCCUCUCUCAGUUACCUCACAUGGUAAUCUUGGACACAUUCAAGCCCUGGAUAGUUCUGUCUUUUCAUAUCCAAGCAAUACAGUGCAGCCUCUAAGGUACACUCUGGCAGAAACAGUCACUGCCAUCAGAAUAUUUUCUCUGUAUAUUAAAAACAAGUCACCAUUGGCUUCCCAGAUAAAGAAAAUGUUUGGUAGGAGUUCUAUGCCUGGCUCAAAUCCUUAAAAUUAUAAAUUGCCUAACUUUGCAUAUGCUGAUUUUCCUGGAUUGCAUUGUGUGUUAAAAGAGCUCAUGCUUGGGAAGGGCUGGCAUUAGGGGGAGGAGGGCAGGUGGAGGAGAGGAAGUUGUACCGGUAACUUUUUAAACGAAUGGCAAAAAGACCUUUUCUCUCUUAGAUUUCUUUAUUGAGUCCCUGUGAUUCUAUAAUAGAUUGUAAGAUACGCCUUUUUUCAUUCCUUUUUAAGAAAAAAGUCAGCCCGAUGUAUCACUUUCCCACUGCCCAGCUGACUCCACUUUGCACAGGGUCUGUUCCAUGUGCCGCAUUUUCCCCGUGGGGCUGUUGUUUGCAAAUGUCUCUCUUUAGUGUGGAUUUUAAGGGAUGGGUCUUCCCCACUGGCCCCCUGCCCCAUUUCAUAUUACAUCCACUCUUCUUCU